GAACUUAUCCCAGUCACCUUUCUCUCGUCGUGACCGUAGCAUAUGUUUUUCUCCGACAAUCGUCAAUGGCCCACUCGCGGCACUGACUCGGGUCCGCACCACAUCGUUCCCCAAAAAAUUCAUCAUUUUUUUUAACAACCAAAAAUUCAUUAAAAAUAUCAAUGUCCUCAGCUCCUCCUCGCCGUGGGUGAGUGAGCGAGAGAUACUUCUCUUUCGUCCUUAAUUAAUCUCGUUAAUUAACCAUUGGAAAUAGACUAAUGCUAUUGGUGACGAGGGGAGGUUUUUUAUCAAUCGGAUUUUUGUGAAUGAUUCAGUGAUAAUCGAGAGCAAGGAAAAUCGGUAAUAAGUUUUGAAGAAAAGUUUGGAGAAACGCACGCGGAGUUUCACCUGUUUACUGCACGCGUUAACAUUUUUAUAUGCGUUCGGGGAGUGACGUUGCACCGGUUAACGUGAACCGUUGAUUUACCUCUGCUCUGAGAUUUGUCUGGAGAAAAUUAUUUUUUUUUGUAUUUUUAUCUGUGGAUUUUUCAACUGUGAGUGACGUUGAAGAUCGAGAUGUUGCUGAUUAGCUCUUUGCUGAUGGUGCUGGCGGUUGUCUCCAGAGUGGGAUGUCAAAGAAAUACACCGAGAAGUCCUCGCGCAAGCCGUAAUGAUGCGGCCUUGGAGUUCGAGUGUCCCGAAGAAUUUGGCUACUACGCACAUCCACGCGACUGCACUCAAUACUACGUCUGUGUAUUUGGAGGCGCAUUACUUGAGUCCUGCACCGGCGGUCUCAUGUACAGCCAUGAGUUACAAACCUGUGAUUGGCCUCGCAACGUAGGCUGCCUGGACUCCAGUGGAGGUGCAAAGGAGGACGACGUCGAGGACCCGCUGCUCGAAAGAGCCGCGAAGGAAUCCCAUCAACAGCGUCAGCCGCCCCAACGUCAGGCCGCCCGUCAGCCGACUCCACCACCGCCCCAACAAACCCAGCUCCCCGAGCGUCACUCCCGCCACCGUCAACCACCCCAACGCACGACCUACCCCGACGAGGAGUACGAGCCAGCCUCCGAAAUCGAGAGUGACCGUCAACAGCGAGUCUACCGUGGCCAACCAUCAACAAUUGGCCAAGUACAGCGUGAUCGUGAUGGCCUGCGUCGUAACAUCAUAUCCGUAAGUCCAACGCACCCAUCACGACCUCUUCAUCCCGCUUACGUCACACCACCUGUGUCAAAUGGAUAUGACAAUGUCGGACACGUGACAAACGUUAGUUCGACAACGACACCGACAAAACCACCAAUAACGACUAUUAAAAAUAAUAUUAGCGAUCGCGAUAGGAUCGAUAAUCCUUAUCAGGAUGCAACAAGAAGGAAUUACAUAAUCGUCAGUUCCCCAUCGCCCUUCAAAUUACCGCCAAAAUUUGACGAUGAAAUCACUGAAUCCAUAAUUAAAUAUCCAACAGUUCACCACGAGGACGACAAUUACAAUUACAUAACCGAAAGAAUUACCGAAGUGACUGAUAAAAGUCAAAAAGUGACCGUUGAAAAUCAUAAAAUAACCGUUGAAAAUUCUAAAAUCGAUUUAUCUCCUAAAACAACUGAAACUACACCGACAAACACAUCAAUUAUUCCCGAAAUCAUCACCAAAACUGAUGAUAAUGACCAAGAUCUGAAUGAGAUUAAGCCAACACAGUCGCCUCGCAAACCGAUCACCUACGAAUUCAGUGAUGAGCCCAUUGGUCGGGGUAAUUUUGCAACAGCACCGACGACAAUUCGCCAACGAAUAAAAUCGAGAUUAUCGCAGUAUCGUGGUAGUGAGAGGUAUCAGGGGGGUGUGACAAUGAUGAAAAUCAUUCGUAAACGACCGGUCAACGAUCAAAUCGGUAGGGAAUCAUUGGAUAGUGAUGUUACCCUACGCAGUACCACACCAAUGACAAGAAGACGAGAAAAUAAAAAAAAAUUGUCUGAUAGCUCUGACAAUUACGAUGACAUUCCGACAACUUUGAGCCCAUACCAGAGAGCACAGAUACUCAGUAAAAUCAGUCAGGUACAUAGUCAUGAGGACAUUGAGGGCAAUGAGAUAACAGUAACAACAAAUAACAGUGUCAAAGAUGUAUCGAAUGACACAACGCUAACAACAACAGUGAAAUUACUGGAGACCACGACUAUUGGGGAACUUAAAUCACCGGGAGAUGAACAUGAGGAAAAUGAGAUAACAGUUACACCCACGAGUUUAGGCCAACGGGCAACAAGACAACGUCCAACUUCAUCAAGGAGUUCACUCGAAAGGGAGAAGGAGAGUCUGCACUCCGGUAGAGGUCAGACUGAAAAUCAUUACAGAGCAAUUCCAUCGGAAAACCCGAGAAGUUUGAAGACGACAGCUUCAACUGCUGCCACACCUGUUAUUUCCAAGGCAUACUAUGAUCCUGAGACUUAUCCUUACUACACUAUUUAUGAUGACGAUGUGUCUAUUUACAAGGAUGAUGAUUACGCUCAGUACACUGUAAAUCACUCCGCUCCCCUCCAUCAUCCUCAUCAGCAUCAGAGCGUGAGGAUUGCUGAGGUGACGCCCAACUCGAAAGCCACUUCCUACACGCAAAAACCGAAGAAAGUGCCCGUCAAUGAUAAUGACAAGUACAAUUUGAAUCAGGAUGUCACCAUUUCGGAUUAUGACAUUUAUGAGAAUCAGCCGCAGAGUCACCUGAACAAGAACAAGUUCCGAAUCAACGAUGGACAGCAGUCGUACAGAACCAAUGGUCUCAGCCAUCCAGUGGUCCACGUAACAACACCAAAUGCCAUUGUCGAUAAUUAUGUGCCCCUGACGACUACCACCCAACCACCACCUACCACAACAGCACGUCCCUUUACUGUGACUGUACAGAGUCGAGGACGACCACAAGUUAAUCGAGGUACAGCACCACCGCGACUGAGGCCAACGCUCAAACCCUCCACUGAGAUCGUCUCCAAGGCCCAGGAAUUCGUUGAUAUCUACAGGCACCCACCAACGAGACCACCAACCCUCUAUCCAACUCCUCAGGUCGACAAACCCGCUGCCAAGUGUCGCAAGGACGUUUGCUUACUUCCGGACUGCAACUGCGGUGGCUCUGACAUUCCCGGUGAUUAUCUGCCUGAGGAGAUACCCCAGAUUGUGCUCUUGACAUUCGAUGACUCAGUCAAUGAUCUCAACAAGGGCCUCUACUCAGAUUUGUUCGAGAAGGGACGUAAAAACCCCAACGGUUGUCCCAUCUCAGCUACAUUCUACGUGUCACACGAGUGGACUGACUACAGCCAAGUCCAGAAUCUCUAUGCAAAUGGCCAUGAAAUUGCUUCUCACACUGUUUCGCACAGUUUCGGUGAGCAGUUCUCUGCCAGGAAGUGGGCCAGAGAAGUAGCUGGACAGCGAGAAAUUCUCGCCGCUUAUGGAGGAGUCAAGUUGGAGGACGUCAGGGGAAUGAGAGCUCCAUUCCUAUCCGUGGGUGGAAACAACAUGUUCAAGAUGCUUUGGGAGACGAACUUCACGUACGAUUCGUCCAUGCCAAUUUACGAAAAUCGUCCACCAUCAUGGCCAUAUACCCUCGAUUACAAACUCUUCCACGACUGCAUGAUACCUCCCUGUCCAACGAGAUCCUACCCAGGUCUGUGGGAGGUACCCAUGGUAAUGUGGCAGGACCUCAACGGUGGCAGAUGCUCCAUGGGAGAUGCCUGCAGUAAUCCACCGACACCCGAUGGUGUUUACAAAAUGCUCAUUAAGAAUUUCGAGAGACAUUACACUACCAACAGGGCACCUUUUGGAUUAUUCUACCACGCAGCAUGGUUCACACAGCCCCAUCACAAGGAAGGAUUCAUCUCCUUCCUCGAUACGAUUGCUGCCAUGGACGACGUUUGGAUCGUGACAAACUGGCAGGCACUCCAGUGGGUCAGGAAUCCAACCCCCCUAGCAUUACUGGACAACUUCGAGCCAUUUGGCUGUAAUUAUCCCGACAGACCCAAAAAAUGCAACAAUGCCAAGGUCUGCAAUCUCUGGCACAAAAGUGGCGUAAGAUACAUGAAGACGUGUCAAGCCUGUCCUGACAUUUACCCAUGGACAGGAAAAACCGGCAUACGCAGCAGUCGCAUUGACAACGAUAUCGAAAAUUGAAGGAGCAACAAAACACAUUGGAGAGAAAAAUUAUGAAGAAACCCACCAGCAAUAUAAUAAUUACUUGAUAAAACAUCCAUCCGGAUUCCAUUGCCAAGAGUGUUCCACUCGCUGAAAAUGCUCUCGGGUUGAUGUUUAAUAUCGUAUUGAAGAUUCAUAAAUUCCACUCUUGAGGGCCGAGUACGUUCAAUAAUGGUGUUUGUAGAAUUUUUCUUCUUCGAGAUUAGGGAAAUAAAUGAAAAUUAAUUAAUCAUGAGGAGCAGCGAAUGCCAUAAUACGAUGAACGAUGGUGAAUGGAGACGAGGAAUCAUUUGAUUUUCAUUUAUGGAUUAGUAAAAUGUGAAAACUAGAAAAAAAGUAGAAAUAAUUGACCAGCGAGGGAAGUUUUUUUUACAUUUUUUUAAAAAUAGGAAAUAAGAGGAGGAAAUGGGAUUAAAAAUGGGGGCAAAAUUACUGAUUGGAUGGUACAUAAAUGUAAAUUGGUAAUGGCUGUGGCUUUUUUCUCGGAUGAGAAAGACCAGGAGAUUUGAUGGUUUUCUUUCCACGAAAAAUGGGUUUACUUUAGGCAAAUCGUGUAGUGGAAGGUCAGUUGUACCUCGAAGCACUAAAAUCCACUCACCUUUACGUACUCGGUGUUCAAUACAUUUUCACAGAUCAGUUAGAUGAAUUACUUGAUAAGGUAGACGUGGAAAAUAUUUGAGAAAGCCCUUGAAGUGUGAUGAUUUACACUUUAGCAUGUAAAUUAAUUGAUAUCAUAAUGUAAUUCGUGGGGAGAGUGCGAUGUUCGCAUUGAUGGAGUUGCCAGACGAAAUUUUUACUGUCGUUGAGGUGCGACUCGCUGUGUUAAGUGUAUGCCCUUAAUAAAACUUCUAAUUUCACUAGA